CUCAAGCGAGACGCUACUGUAUUGUGCUGCUAGUUUCUCGGAAAAGUCGUGGAUAUAUAAUUUCGCGAUCAUUACGCUCUUGCUAAUGUUCAAAGUUUAUAAUAUUAAUUUCAAUUCGAAUAGUUACAAGUAUCCCUGCUACGUGUCCUAGACUAAUGGCUAAAAGUUUCGUGAUACACGCCUGUUUAAUUUUGCUCACGUUUUGCCCAGGUAAGGGCAAUCGUCGGAAGAAAAUAAUUGACAAUUACAAACGUGAUUUCUCUCUACAGAAAAGAAUUGAUUGGGAAAACCAUAAAAUUUAUGCAUAUAGCGACUAUUAUAAUGAAUACCCGAAUUAUUCAGAUAUUGAUUAUGAGUACGACACUUCAAAUUAUGACAAAACAGACUUAAAAGAGAAACUGUCUUGGGAUAGCGAUACUGACACCAAGCGCGAAAAAUCGUUUAUUCACAAUGUACCUAAGAAAUCAGAUAAACAUAACAAAUUCAUCGACGUACCAUUAAAAAAUAACACCAAUAAUGCUAAAUUCGUUUUGAGUAUAUCAAACGACAAGUGGCCUAAAUUUGAAGAUAUACUCUUAGCUAUGGGAAAGAGAUAUGAUUGGAAAAAUGAUCGAUGGAUUAAGGUGAAAAAGAAAAUGAAGGAUACGCUACAGUUGGGACAUAAAAAUGUAAAUAAGAGCAUAAACUUUCAUGAAAAACAUAGGUUUAUUUAUAGGAUAGUGAGAUUAAAUAGACCUAAAAGUAAAAGAAAUAUUAUAUUGGCUGUCACAGCGGUUAGAUAGACAACUAUGGAAUAAAAAUAUUAUGGAGAUGGAAAAGCAGAUGGAUUUUUCAUUAGAAGUAACGGGACCAAUUUGAUUGGAGGUGAUUGUUAAGAAUCUAAAGUGUAAGUGAAAAGGACUGCGCGUUGAACACAUCUUUAUAUGUAUAUCUUGUUCUGCCAUCGACAAAGUUUAGUAAAGCUCCCCCCUAGACAAGUGGCUUUCUAUUAGCGUAACGUUUGAUAGAAUAGAUUAUGAAUGUAUGAGA